GCAGUGAAUAAUAUGGAUAGUAUAAAGAAGAAAAUGGAGAAGUUGGCGAAUGAGACUGCAGCAGCGGAAACUAGGAUUGCUGCCUAUGAAGAUCUGAAGGUCAAGAAUGAGCUUGAAGCUGAGAAGUUUGAGGAACAGUUGAGGAAUGUACAGAAGAAGAUACAAAGUAUGGAAGGGCAGUUUGAUGCAUGUACAGAAGAUCUGUUUAAUCAAACCAUUAAACUUGAAGAACUUGAAAAGAAAUUAAGUAAUGCAGAAGGAGAGGUGUCUGGUCUUAGAUCCAGAUUAAUCCUGUUACAAGAGCACACUGAGCGCCAAGAGGAGAGGUUAGCUAAAGCAACCCUAGAUCUAGCUGGAGCGUGCCGUAAGGCGGAUAACUGCGUAAAGAAGCGGCAUGAAUUAGAGAACGCCAACAGCUCUAAUGAGGAGGGGAUAGAUAAUUUGGAGAAACAGCUGAAGGAUGCUGUAUUCCUGCAUACAGAGUCGGAGCGCAAGUUUGAGGAUAUCUCUAGGAAAAUGGCGACACUGGAGGCAGACGGACAGAGAGGAAACGAGAGAGCUGACGGUGCAGAGAAGAAAAUAAUGGAUUUGGAAGACGAAUUGAAGGUUGUUGGAAACAAUCUUCAGCAUCUAGAGGUUGGAGAGGAGAAGAGCAGGAGUAGGGAGGAGGGAAGACAAAUUCAGAUUGUUGAUCUUCAGGUGAAAUUGAAAGCAGCUGAAUAUAGAGAUGAACAGGCUACAAUGAAUAUUCAACGAUUGAAUGUCAGGAUUGAUCAAGUUGAAGAAGAUUUCCUGGCGGAGAAAAUGCGAAUCAAGAAAAUUAGCGACGAGCUGAACCAAACAUUUGAUGAUAUGCUUAAUUUCUAGUUAGUCAUCAAACUUUACUUCAUCAAAUGAGAAAUAUAUUAACAUGAGUGCAAUGGAUCUUUAAAGGGAGUGUCUUUCUAGACAUGUUAGUUGAGCUGAGAAUGCAAUAUUAUAGAGAAAUGUUUUAUAAAUAAUUUGAGGCCUGCAAGACGUUUGUACGGCAUAUAAUUGUUCAAAAAGAGUGAAAAUUCAAUCAUUUAAAUCCUCAUGGAUUGUCCAACCCGACAGGCAGGCAUACAGCAUCACAACCUGCUAAGUAGGCGUGCUCGGCCACUACAAGCCGGUCACGCGUACCGCUCCCAUCAUGUUGUGUCGCCUGCCCACCAUGUCUAGCCAGACACUCUCUUUAAGGGCGAAAUCAUAAUUAUAAUUUUAUUACAUUCUGAGAAAUCAUUUCUUUUGCCGCAAAACAGGAAGCAAAACAUAAAAAUUGUCGAACAUUUAAUAAUAUAUACUUCUGCAACUAAAUACAUUUUAAAUUGUAUUUACAAUGCAUUACAAAUUCAGCCAACAGUGGUGAGACGCAGGAUUGAAAUAAAUGUCAAACAUAUUUGUGAAUAAAAAAAUAAAUAAAAUUGUCUGUCUGCCAA